UCCUUUGAGAAAGUUUGAGUUAAAGAAUGUAAAUAUUGUAUUUCCCAACAGCUUGCUGCAUUUUAUUGCCAUUCACAGUGAAGAAUAUUUACAGGGGCGUUUGUAAAUCCUGUUUCUUUGCAGCUUGCUUUUAAUUUUUUAAGAGUUUCAUCUUCAAAGUGAGUAUAUUUUGCUAUGGGGUUGCCACUGUAAUGAACAGUUAAAAUAAUCCGCCAUAUGCAAAUAGCACUAUGAUACAUGUAUACUGGCUUAGUUUUAUAUUGAAAAGAAUAUUAUAUGUAGUUUCGUGGAGAAUUUUGCACCAUAUAGAGCAGAGUGUUUAACUCAUCAUGACUGACGUUUUUUCCUGAAGUAGGGACGAUCUUUGUGUAUUUGUAGUAUCAACAUAAGUAAUUUACAUAAUGUUACCUGUUAUACUGUAUACUUUCAAACAGACUUCACAAAGAAAGAGUUCUUGUAUGGCAGAUGUGCCUUGUUUUCUGCACAUCUUUGGCUAUUUAUUUUGUAUGUGUUACUGGCAUCCUCAAUAUUGGUCAAUUUACAGCUAUGGAAUUGCUUCAUUUCAGCCAAUUAGUGAAAAAAUUUAGUGGUUUCUGUGGCCUAAUGGUAGCUUUCAAGUGAAAUCUAGAGUUUAAAGCUCUCAGGUCAAGAAGUAAGAAAAACUAAAGCUUUUAUCGUAAUUUUUUGGUCCUUUUGUUUGUUUAUUUGAUUAGUUUUUUGGGCGUUUUUUGCUUCUUUGUUGGUUUACUGAAGCGAAGGAACUUCUGUCCUAAAUUAGUGUGAUACAUCGUUUAACCAUGGUAGUAUUGGUUUAGGUUUGGGGUUGUGGUUUGGUUUUGGCUUUUUUUUUCUGUGAUGAGAUAGAACUCAAUAUGAUGGGCUGUUAAAACAACAGCAGAGAAAUAGCUUGAUUUUUAAGGCCUUUAUUUUCAUUCAGGUGUGAUGAUUCAGGAUAAAUAGUGUUUUUUUGGUUUUUUUUUUAUAUUGAACAACAUUUGAAGGUGAGGUAUGAGUCUUUUCUAUAGUCUAAGACUGGUUUUCAGUGGAUGUUGACAUAAGAAAUAUUAUUAUAUUACUAUAAUCUUUGUGUAAACUCACAACCUGUGUGCUCUCUUUAGCAAUUACUGCACAGUUGUGUCCUUUCCAUCUCUCACUUCUUUCCCUUCCUCCUUUGUUGUUUAAAGACACAUUGGGUUGGACAAUCCAGCUCUGAAAGUUUAGAAGGUUACUAGUUUUUUGUUAGAGCUGUGUGAAAGGUUGCUGGAUUUUCUCUUUUUUCUUUUUUUUUAUGUCUUCUAGCUUGCAUUCACUAGUAUCAUACAGAUAUGAUUUUCCUGUGAUGUGUGAGAGUAAUUUUGCAGUGACUGUUCAGAUUUUCUGUAUAUUAAAAUAAAAGCCAGUUCUGAGGUUCAGUACUCAUAAGCUUGAAAAUCAAGGCUGAAAAUAGAAUUUUUAACAGCUGUACAUUUUAGCAAUACUUUUUUGCAAUUAUUUGCAAAAUAUAUGGGAAAGGAUAUUUAAUAAUAUAUUUCUCUCGUGUGACAAUGAUCAAAGAAUUUGUGCCUGUUUCACCCCAAAUAGGUUAAGUGGCUUUUCAAUAAUUACUCUGCUUACCUGUUGCUGUAAUUCUGUAGGCUAUUUUCUGAAUCAGUGCCUGCCUCUAAAGAAAAUAAUCUGAGAUCCAGCUAAAGUUACUUUUUCUUUGUUAUUCUUCUCACAAAAAUAAGCAAUCAAGAAAACCCAAACAUUUAUUUGAAUUGAACAAAAUGUUUGGCCUAGCUUGAAACUGUAACAAGUUUAACAAAAUCAGAGGGGGGGAAAAUGGGAAUGGAAGGUUUGGGGGAUUCUGGUGUUUUUUAAAGACAUCGGGGAGCAUAAAGAUGCAUAUUUUUACUUUAUUUUGCCUGUAGUCUGAUGGCUCUGGCACUUGCAAGGAAUGUGGGAGAGCCAGGUUUACUUCCCUGCUUUGCCUGAGGAGCUUAAUCCACAUCUGAAGAGAGUUCUCUAACUGCUCCACUGAUCACCCUGCCUCUGAUACAGUCAUCUCAUUAAGUUUGAGUAGCAAGUAUUUAACCUCAAAUGAAGCUGCCUGCCUGCAGUGGAACAGAAGUAUGGUGUAAAAGAAUCUCAGUUGCCCAAUCAAGAUGAACAGAAUGGCUUUCUACACCAAGAAAAUAGAACAUCCAUUUUUUAGGAUUAUAUCUACAACAUGAAGCAUUUAGCAGUAGCUGUCUUUGAGAACAUUCAUCUAUGACCUGAGAUGUCCUGAUCCUGGGAAAAAAUGAGAUUCCAUUAAUUAAGUCUAUAAUUUUUAAAUGCAUUUUCAUGACUAAUUAUAUUUGCUUAUGUGCAACACGGAUACUUAAAUACUUAAAGAAUUCAUAAACCAGAGUUUAUUUUAACACAUGCACGCAUUUUGUUUUACAUUCAGUAUACAAGACACAUAAUUCUAAUCAAAUUUUAAAUAAUCUUUAAAUUACCUAUAUUUAUUAAUAAAUGAAGUCUUGGCAAGAAUUUAUCAUCCAUGGACAUGAGUAAAGCAGAUUGCCCCGGAAUGGAUGAUACUUUUGUAUUGGGUAAAAUCAAUAACUUGAAAGUAGAGCAAGAAGACGACAGCAUUAACUGUACUCUGGAAAGAACAGAUAUAAAGACAGAACAAGAUGAUUUCAAACAUGUGGACAGCAGUGAUGAACAGGAUGACAAAGAAAAGAACUUCAUUACCAACAACGCUGGCAAAUAUUUAUCUACAGAAAAUGAAGAUGAUUAUGGAUCUCUUUUUUCUCAGUAUAGUAAUACGCUGUAUGAUGUAGCAAUGGAAGCUGUGACACAAAGCCUCCUUUCUAGCAGAAACAUAAGCUCCAGAAAAAAGUCACCUGCUUGGAACCAUUUUUUUAUAUCUCCUAGAGAUAGCACUAAAGCAAUAUGUAUGUACUGUAUGAAAGAAUUUAGCAGGGGUAAAAAUGAAAAGGACUUGAGUACAAGUUGUCUCAUGAGACACGUGAGGAGAGCACAUCCCACUGUAUUGAUUCAAGAAAAUGGAACUAUGCCAGGUAUAUCUUCCUUUUCUUCAUCUACGUUACUGCUGCCACCUCAGUCUGCAGAUGUUGGAGAUCUGAGUUCUAUGUUAUCCCCCAUAAAACUGGUCAAGAAAAUGGCUUCUAAAAUACCAUCUCCAGAUCGAAUAAUUGAGGAAUCUGUUUCUAUUGUUUCUUCUGAAGAAAUAUCAGAUCUUGCAGUUUCUGAAAAGUGCAGCAAAGAAGAAGUCAUGGUUGGUUCAUCUCCACAGCAAGCCAACAGCCAAUAUGAUGACACUGUUGAGAAUGUAGCAGAAAAAACAGUUGUAAUUCCAAAGAGUGCAUCAGGUUCUAGAAGGAGAUCUGCUGUCUGGAAACACUUUUAUUUGUCACCUCUAGAUAAUUCUAAAGCUGUUUGCAUCCACUGCAUGAAUGAAUUCAGUAGAGGAAAAAAUGGAAAAGACCUAGGAACAAGUUGUUUAAUAAGACACAUGUGGAGAGCACAUCGUUCCAUUGUCCUGCAAGAGAAUGGGGGUGGUACCAGCAUACCACCUCUCUACACCGCACCUCCUACUCUCUUGCCUUCUUUACUACCGUCAGACAGUGAUCUGAAUUCCAUGUCAUCCUCUCCUGGAAAACUAAUGAAAGAACCAACUUCUGUUUCCUCUUCUCCAGACAGAAUCUCUGAGGAGAUCCAUACCAAUCUCACUUCUGGAGAUGCUCUAGUGGAAGACUCAAUGCUAUCAUCUUCUGAUGAUAUAGGUGAAGUCUCCUUUGUUUCAUCUCCUGAAAAACAGUGUGAGGGAUUGGGUCCACUAAUAUUUGAACCUACUGCUGUGUUUCAGCAAAAUAAAAGGAUUAUGAAAAGGCUUAAGUCAGAAGUCUGGCACCACUUUUCACUCUCACCUGCAGACAGUCUAAAAGCAGUAUGUAGAUACUGCAGUUGUAUGAUAAGUCGUGGUAAGAAAGGAGAUGUGGGCACAAGCUGCUUAAUGAGACAUCUAUAUCGGCGCCAUCCUGAUGUAAUUGGAAACCAAAAGAGCUUUCUUGACGUGAGUUUGGCAAAUUCUCCUUAUGCCACUUUGGCUUCUGCAGAAUGUUCCUCCUCAAAGUUGACUGACUUGCCUACAAUGGUUACACAUGAUAAUCAAAUUAUAUUUCCGGUUAAUAGUAAGAAGACCUCAAAACUGUGGAAUCACUUUUCAAUUUGUUCUGCAGAUUCAACAAAAGUAAUAUGUACACACUGUGGACGUAUAAUAAGUAGGGGGAAAAAGCCAACAAACCUAGGCACAAGUUGCCUUCUAAGACAUUUGCAGCGGUUUCAUAACAAUGUAUUGAAAACUGAUGUCCCAGAGACAGUAUUAUCCUCAUCUACGGAUAAUCAUAUGCCACUCCGCACAGAAUUAAUAGGAUCUUCAAAUUUUGAUGAAACCAAUGACAAGUUUUGUGACUCUCAUCCAGUUGCCAAAAAAAUCACAAGUCUUGUAGCUGAAAUGAUUGCACUUGACCUUCAGCCAUAUUCUUUUGUAGACAACAUUGGCUUUAACAGGCUGCUUGAAUAUUUGCAACCUCAGUAUUCUUUACCUUCUCCAUCUUACUUUUCUAGGACAGCAAUUCCAGAUAUGUAUGAUAAUGUAAAACAAAUAAUUAUUUCACAUCUUAAAGAAGCCGAAAGUGGAGUGAUCCAUUUUACAUCUGGAAUAUGGAUGAGCAACCAAACACGAGAAUAUCUAACCCUGACUGCUCACUGGGUAACAUUUGAGUCUUCAUUUCGACCACAGUGUGAGGAUUACCAUUGUUCAGCACUAUUAAAUGUGUCACAGAUUGAUUGUGACUACAAUGGAAUCAGUAUUCAAAAGCAGCUAGAAUACUGGUGGGAAACGUGGAUUACUUCCAUCGGACUUCAGAUUGGGAUUACUGUUACUGAUAAUCAGAGUAUAGAGAAAACUUUAAAUGAAGGUGAUCAUUCCAGUGUACAAUGUUUUAGUCACACUGUUAAUGUAAUUGUAAAUGAGGCUAUUAAAAGCCAGAGAAUGGUUCAGAAUUUACUUAGUAUUGCAAGAAAGAUCUGUGAACGCGUCCAUCGGUCAGCAAAAGCAAAAGAGAAGUUAGCUGAAUUGCAAAAAGAGUAUGAGUUGCCUCAGCAUCAGCUAAUACAAGAUGUUCCAUCCAAGUGGAAUACAUCAUUUCAUAUGCUUGAACGUCUCAUUGAACAGAAAAGAGCAAUUGAUGAAAUGUCAAUUGAGUGCAGCUUUCGGGAGCUAAUAAGUUGUGAUCAGUGGGAAGUCAUGCAGUCAGUGUGUCAUGCUCUCAAACCUUUUGAAGCUGCAAGUAGAGAGAUGAGUACACACAUGUCUACGCUAAGCCAAGUGAUUCCAAUGAUUCAUAUACUUAACAGGAAAAUAGAAAUGCUAUUUGAGGAAACUAUGGGCAUAGAUACUAUGCUGAAAUCUUUAAAAGAAGCUAUGGUGAGUAGAUUGUCCUCCACGCUUCAUGAUCCAAGGUACAUUUUUGCUACGCUUCUGGAUCCCCGGUAUAAAACAUCGUUAUUUACAGAAGAGGAGGCUGAACAAUAUAAACAAGACUUAAUCAGGGAGCUGGAAAUAAUGAGUUCUACCUCAGAUGAUGAUAAACCUGUUUCCAAUGGAUGUGAUAUAGGUUCACCAUCUACAAAUUCGUAUGGGGAAGAUAAUCUCUGGUCACUCAUGGGUGACAUGAAGAAAACAAAAGACCUGAAAGAAAGAGCAAAGUUACCAGAGGAAAUGGUGCUUUCUUACUUGGAGGAAGAAGUCCUUGAGCAUAACUGUGAUCCUCUAACUUACUGGAACUUUAAGAAGUCAUCUUGGCCAGUACUGUCAAAAUUGGCUGUCAGGUUCUUGGGUUGUCCACCAAGCAUUGUUCCUUCAGAGAGAUUGUUCAAUACAUCCAAUGAAAGCAACAACUUUAGUCAGUCAAGGUUAAUGAUUGAACACUUUGAAAAGCUUAUCUUUUUGAAAGUGAAUCUUCCUUUAAUAUACUUCCAGUAUUGAAACUAAUGAACAAACUGCUAGACUAAAUCUAUUGUUGCUCACUGGAUAUUAACUAUCUAUAACUCGGAUUUUUAAAUUGCUCCAGUAGGGGCCAUGUAUGACAUCUAAUCAGUGACUAUAAUUCCAAAUUUUAAGGUUCAUUUUUUUUCAGCUUUCAAUAUGUCUACAUGUGCCUUAUUCAUAGUACUUCAGGCCAGAUAUUGUAUAUAUGUUUUUUAAAAGUUCACACUAGAGAUAGCCUGUCUCGUCAAAUUAUACAAAAUUAUGUAGGUUUUAAUUCAUAAUUGUAAAUGAACUUUUAAAAGCUCAGUCAUUUGUUUUAAUAGAAUGGCAAAAAAAAAAAAAAAAAAAAGAUGUAAACAGUUCUAUUCUGUAGUUUUUUAUUCAAUUAUUAUGUAAAAACCAUAAACCAGGUACUGUAUUUUAGUUGAACAUUGCUUUAAUUGCAAGAAAACAGGUUUUGUAGUUGUCAAAAGAAAGCUGUACGUGAAAGAUGGGGUUCAAGCUGUCUUUUUAUCAUACGGUGUUUUUAACUGCAAGCCCUAAAGUACUUAAAGGAUUAAGAAGAGUUAUUGAGGAAGAUGUGUUUACAGGAGACUGUUGACUUAAUAUCUGAAAAUAAAUCUUAAAUUUAACAUGAGAUGGAAUGUCACUUACACAGCAAUCGGUAGUAAAACUUCCCGUUCUGGGUUCUCCUGUUCAGGUUUUACUUUUAAGUGAAUUACAGAAAUAUUCUGGGUAUUUAUAAAAGGUCUUUGCAAGUUCUCUCAAAGUUUGUGAAUUAAUGCUUGUUAUUUAAUGCCGUGUACAAAAAAGGCAAGAAACUUACAAAAAGACUCUAAUGUCAUUCUGAAGCCUUUUCUAAUCUUGAGUGCAUCAAAACUAUAAGGUCCCUAUUGUAAAAAUUGAGCCCUUACUGCUAAUGUAAUUUCAAUUGUGUAGAACAGCCCGUCUUAAAGCUCCUAGUACAGAAAUAACUGAUCUUCUGGUUUUCAGUUAUAGCCUUAUGGAUAUGGUGCACUGCGUAGAACUUUAUAUAGUAGGGUUGAUUCUUAACUGUUGGUGUCCAUCAGGCAAAUGGGAUAUACAGCCUUUAAAACUUCAAAUAAGAUGGAAAAAAUAGCCAGCAUUUUAAUUUGAAAGGAACAUUCUCCUUAGUUUAACUCUAGAAAGAGUCAUCUUUUAAUUUCAGUUUUCAUUGAAUACAUUUUUGGGAAACAAGUCAUCAUUUGCCUAUGACCUUUUAGAAAAGUUGUAGCUUUGUUAAAAUACUCUACCUAAUGCCUAAUCCAAUUUUGCAUUUACUAUGUUUUAGUGUAUUUAUAAAUGGUGAACUCAGUUUCUGAAAUUAAACAUUUUAUUUGCAAUUUUCCAGUGGUAGUCAACACUGCCUUUUAUUUUCAGAUGGAUUUAAGACAACCAUUGAAUAAAAAUUAAUUCAAACAAUUGUAAUCAUAAAUAUAUCACAGAACAACCUAUGUGAAAAGAAAGGUUUUCCAUUUAGCUCUUUAGAUUUGAGCCUGGAUUCUGCUUUUUUUGAUUUUCCAACCUCAUUUUAACCUCAGGGAAAUUGGUUGAAUUACUUCCCAAGUAAUUCACAUGUUUCCAUGUGUCGUUUCUCCAAACAUUUUAGUUUGAGGUAUUUCAAGUGUUAUUCCAUCAUGUUACGUUUAUACCUGUACUAUUUAAGUAGCACAUAGUGCACUUGGGAAAGACUAAUACUGCUUUUUUUCCUGCAGUAUUUUAAAAAAUAAUGUUUGCUUCUAUCAACAAUCAGCAUCUCUUUGUUCUUCUAGGGUUAAAUAAGAACAGCACACAUUUUUCCUGCAGUAAUAAAACAAUUUGGUCUAGUUUACAUAUAGCUGGAAAUAGGUGAGUUUGAAGCAGCUUACUGGGAAACAUGUUUAAAUGGUUACUGGUUAAUUAUUAUCUCAGUUUUUUCUCCUACAUUUUAACUGCGAAUAUAACCUUGACCCUUGUAAAAGAGAUUUUUAAUCUCUCCAAACCAGUGGAGAGGAGAGAUGAUGAAAAAAAACACUUUUCUUAUUAAACAAGUGAUUUGUCACUCAAGGCUUCAAUGUAAAUACAGCCCAUGACUUAAAGCAUUGUGGAGUCACAUCAAACGAGGAGGAAUGCUGGCAGUGAACAAGCUCACCUGAAACUCACAGUUCUCUGGACACAAGAAUCUUGGCUCCUCUGAAGGGAGGCUUUACUGUAGCUCCUAUCAAACUUCUGUGUGGAAAGUUGUAGUGAUGACAUUUUGUAGCUCGAAAUCUACUUCUUAGUCAUACAGAUAAUUAAUUGUAUAGUCACGCUUUUUGUCAAAACAUCCUGAGAACACAAGAACUAGUCACUAUUUUUAGAAGUAAAAUUUCAUCAAGUUAGUUUAUUUAUACAUGUGAUUUCCCUUUUUCAUUUUGGUUUGGUGUGGAUUUUUAAAGGUCUUAGUUCUUAAGACCACACUGUUUCAGUGUCAGCUUGGUUAAGAAUUAAACGGUUAUAUUUUUUUUUUUUUUAAGAUAAUAUGCAGGCCCAAAAUACCUUAAAAUUGAAACACUUAAUUCUUAAAUAUAAGGGAAACUGAGUAAGUUGCUGUUUUCAGUUGUAAGCCUUGAUCCUUCUAUAGGAGUUACAGGAGCUACAGGAGCAUCUCCCUCAGAUCAGGCACUGCUGCCUGUGAGAAAAUAAUGAUUCCAAAAGAAGGGCUGAAAGCUUUCAUUGAAGCUUGAGGUAAGUUCUUGAGUGACUGUUUUGUGUUGGGUUUGCCUUAUUAUUUUUAAUGUAAAUUCUCAGUGAUUGCUAAAAUUUUAUGUUUUUACAACUCUUCUCAUAUUUGUAAUAGAUAAGACUCCCCCCUAUUUUUACAAUGCUUUCCCUCGGACUAACAAAGCUGUAAACAGUGGGAGUUCUCAUCAACCUGAGUUUGUGCUGCACCUGUCCUUGCAGCAGCAGACAGUUCUCUAAUGCAUAAAUAAUAUGGUGAGCCUGCAACAGUGAUACUUAAAUGCAUACCUCCAGUACAUUAGCGACUUCAGAAAUAAAUUUAGUAAGCAAACUUUUUUCAGUGUUAGCACAGAAAGUAAAGUGUAGAUGAUACUUGGUCAUCAUAAAAAUCUUAAAGCUUCCUUCUAAAGAAGCAUCUUCUGCUUAUUUUAAAAGUAGGCAGGUGUAACAACUAUACACUGCAGCAAGAAAUAGUUUGUAGUAAUAAAGUUAGGAAUGGAAAGCAGUUGAGAUCUGCAACAGCCUUUCCAAAGAACUCUGGUCUUGUGAAGGGUGUAUGAUGGAAAGUACAUACUGAGAUGUAUAUUAUGCUUCAGAAACCUGAGAUAAUGCUUCCCCCACAUUUGCCUCUUUU